AGAAGAAGUAGCACUAUCAGCUGUGUGCCGAAAUAAACAUUGAAAAACAUAAAAUUUUUGCUAAAUUUUUUAUUAAAUUUGGAGGUACAAUAAAAUUGAAAUGUUUAGUGUAAUCUGCUAAAACUGUAUAAAGUGAGGAAAGCAUAUGAAAUUAUCUGAAUUCGUAUUCGAAAAUGUAUGAAGAAGCUGGCCUUCACCGUUUCGGCACAACUUUGCCUGAAUUGGACGAGGAAACUAUUCCAUCGAAAAAACCGAUACGACCAGAAGAUCAAAUUGUGACGGAUGAAAAUGGAAAGCGUCGUUUUCAUGGCGCUUUUACGGGGGGCUUUAGCGCCGGCUAUUGGAAUACAGUUGGCUCCCAGGAAGGCUGGACACCAGCGACAUUUAAGAGCUCACGUAGUGAAAAAGCAGCACAACGCUCUCAACAACGUCCUGACGAUUUUAUGGAUGAUGAAGACCGCGGCGAAUUUGGUAUCGCACCACAGCGGCUGCAAACUCGUGCCGAAUAUACUUCAUUCGAGCCAGAGGACAGUCGAAAGCGAAAACUUAUGGUUUCCCACAGUGGACCCAUACCUGGCAAACCAGUGUUGGAGCAAUUUAUUGCGCCACGCGAUGUUAAAAUUGGCGAACGCAUAUUAAAAAGCAUGGGUUGGCGCCCCGGACAAGGUAUUGGCCCGCGGCAAACACGCAGGGAGAAGAAAACGGCUAGCAAACGAAAUAUACGUGAAAUGUAUUUAAUGCAACAAUAUGGAUAUCAACCCACGGUACCUACGCCGAAGUCUCCAGGACAUUCAGAUGAAGCGGAUGGCGAGACGGAAAGUUCUGAUGAUGAAGCUGAUAAAAUAACGUUCGCACCCGAUGAUUAUGACCCCUAUGUCUGCAUAGCAAAAAAAGAUCGUUUUGGUUUGGGUUACAAUGGAAGCUUAAGUCGAGAUCCUGUACUCUCAAAUGCUUUGGGAGGAGCUGCCAGCAACAGGCACAUAAAUCUAUUCGAACCAGCUUUGGAGGCGGUGAGUAAAAAUAACACCAAAAUAUCCUUUAAAGGACAAGCAUUUGGUGUCGGUGCAAUGGAGGAGGAAGAUGAAGAUAUAUAUGCUAAAGAUGAUCUUUCACGAUACGAUUUCUCGUUGGAGGAUAAUAAGCCGAAAAGGCGGAAAGUGAUCAUCGAACAAGAUCGACUGAUUGUUGAAGGGUUUUCGGCGUGCAAGACCCCGAUUCUUUUAAAGAAGCCAGAUAACCCCGUUGUACCAGAACAUUUCAUACCACGUAACUGGGCAGAACGAAAGAGCCGUUUCCAGCCAAUGGAUCCGAAAAAAGCUGAAGAAAUAGAGACGUACUUUAAAAAGGUAGAGCUCUCUAGAAACAGAUUAAACCCAGAUGAACGAGCGGAGUUACUGGGAGAGAUGCAGCUGAUUAAUGAAAAACCCACUACAAGCACUUCUGCGCGCCAGGAGCAAAUGCAGGAACAAAAUCAGAACAAUUGUGAGCAACCACAGAACUCAUCUCAAGAUCCGUCGGCAACUCGAGUUGAAGGUGGUGGCUAUAGGCUGCCAGAAAAAGCAAGGCUCAUGUUGGAACGCCUUGAACAAGACGAUCGCUUCACUCACGCUAGUGAUACUGCAGCCAAAAGCAAGAAGAAAUCGUCAAAUAAGACUGAAGCUCUGACAGAAGUGACGAAGCAAGUUUACGAUGGGUCCAAAAAACUCGAUUCCACCAUGUUCAAACCAUUUUUAUACGAUGAGCAAAAACAACGUCGAUAUGAGGAGUUCCUGUUGGCCGAGGUAAAAACCGAGGAAGAAAUUUCGAAUUUCUUAAAUCGUAUACAACCAAUUCAUUUGAGCGAAUGGGAUCGGGAGAUGGAGAAAAAGGAAUUCAUGCAGGCGCGAAAAAUCUUUAGGCCGCUCGAUGGGCUGAUGUCACAUCGUUUCAUCUCGGAGUCAAGCAUUGAAGCAGAACGAAAGCCUGCUGAACAACCAGAAGCAAGUACUUCAGUUCCAAAGAAAAUUGUAAUGAAGCGUUCCAAAUCAAUGUGGAAACCCAAUUCUCUACUAUGUAAGCGAUACAACAUCGCAGAACCAUAUGGCGGCCACAUGGAGGAGGAAAAACGGCCCUCUUCAGCAAAGAUGUCGGUUUUCGACUAUUUGGAAGAUUGUGUCCAUAAAAAGUCCGAUUUUAAAACGCCGGUCAUAGUGCCAUUGAAACUACCAGAGAUAAAGCCUAUUCUGAAGCAAACGAGAUGCGAGCCGGAAAGUGAGCGCACAGCUAACACGAAGUCUGUAACUUCUGUCUCUACCUGCAAUACUUCGACCAUGACCACACAUAGUCUAAGCUCGUCGGAUUCAUCAUCUACUUCUAUAGUAGUUGUUGAUCAGCUGAAGAACAAACAUUCAACUGUGACGCAAAUGAAAGAUGACUUCAAAAAAGUAGGCCGUCCCACUGCUAAGACCAAUUUAGAAAAACUCUCCGAAGAGUCUAUAUUGAAACCUCCAAGCGAAAAGUUGGAGCUCUAUAAAGCCAUAUUCGAUGAUAGCAGUGAUGAAGAAGGCAAUGAACAAUACGAAGCGACCGAUGAUGUUGCACUGAAGAAGGAAUUAUUGGGAACGCCAAAUGACAAGAAUUCGCGCUUUCCGCCAUCCUUCAGCGCAGAUUGCGUGAAUAUUCUGCGCAAUACAUCCCCGCCCCGUGGCAUCUUUAGCGCUUUGCUAUCAACGAAGGAGCAAAAACCCAAAAGUAAAGAAACAACAGCAAGUACCUCCAUGGACAUCAUAGAUAUUGACAAUGAAAUAGAGCAUAGGCAUGUGAGAUCUUCACCAGAAGCUGUGAUUUCGAAAAUUGGAUUGAUACCUGCUACUGCAAAGCCCUUUUGUGAAUGCGACAUCAAGUUAGAAUUUAAACAGCCGACAAGUUGCUCUUCGAAAACAUCAAUAAAUACGGCUUCAACAGCUUCAUCAAAAGACCCACGCACGCCCAAAAGGCCAUUAUCUGAAACACAUAAGGAUCGAGUAGCGGGUGCGGGUGGACAAUAUGGUCCGGCAGUUGUGUCAUGCGAUAUACCCAGCACUUCGUCGAGUGUAGAAUCUAAAGUUUAUGGCCCACAGCUUCCCCAGCAUAUACGAACACCCAGCAAUAUCGCGAAUGUGGACGCGAUGAAUAAGGUUGUUGAAGAAAAGAUGAUCAGUUUUCUAGUUCAACGGGCAGAAGGUUGCAAGAAGGCCAGGGAUGAUGAGUGGGUAGAAAAGAAAGUUCGUAAGUUAUUGAAAAGUAAAAAGGUAUCCACAAGUAGCAGCAGCAGCAGCACCUAUGAGAGCUCCGAUUAUGACUCCGGCGACAGAGCGCAAAAGAAGAAAAGUAAAAAAAGUAAAGCACACAAAAAAUCAAAGAAAAAAUCGAAAGAGAAAAAAUCCAAGAAAUCUAAGAAAAAGAAAGGUAAGCAUUAAGCUUCAUUUGUAAAUAUAGUGUUAGUCAUAUAUACAAUUUGCAAAUGUAUACAAAUUUGAAAAACUGUAACAAUUAAUCAAAAAUUACGAACUGAAAUAAAGCGCUGAAAUAUGGGUGCACCAUUUGAACUUCUUAAA